GUCUCAAUAGAUCGCUCCGCGCUGUUCCAGCCGCACCCGCACACACACAACCCAGUGGCGCUGGAAGCGCAGCAGGCUCACAAGGAGCCGGAGACGCCGCUGGUGCGUCACCUCAAGGCGCUCAUUCAGUUUCGUGGUGGCCCGCUGAGCCUGGCUGAGUUCAUGUCUGAGGCUCUGACCAACCCGCAGCAUGGCUACUACUCGCAGCGGGACGUGUUUGGGGCUACUGGCGACUUUGUGACCUCCCCCGAGAUCUGUCAGAUGAUGGGGGAGAUGGUGGGUAUCUGGUGUGUGGCAGCCUGGCAGCAGCUGGGCUGCCCCGCCACCCUCCACCUGGUGGAGCUUGGUCCUGGGCGGGGCACGCUGAUGGCGGACCUGCUGCGCGGUACCGCCGCCUUCCAGCAGUUUUCGCAGGCGCUGCGGGUGAGCAUGGUGGAGGUGUCGCCCCACCUGCGCGGCAUGCAUGGCGACGAUCCCGGCCCCGACACAAAUAGCAGCAGCAGCAGCGGCAGCGGCGGGGUCAGCGGCGUGAGCGGCUGGAGUGGCGUGCCGGUGAGCUGGCACCGCAGCCUGGAGGAGGUUGCAGCGGAGGGCGGCCCCUCCCUCUACAUAGCUCACGAGUUCCUGGACGCCCUGCCUGUGCACCAGUUCCAAAAGACGGAGCGCGGCUGGUGCGAGCGGCUGGUGGACUGCGCCUCCCCAGACUCCCCCCUGCACCUGCGCAUGGUGCUGUCGCCAGGGCCCACCCCCGCGGCCCGCGUGCUGCUGCCCCGCCGCCUGCGCCAGCUGCCGCAGGCGGAGGCCAGCGAGGCGGCGGCACUGGAGGUCUGCCCGCAGGCCAUGGCGCUGGCUGAGGGGCUGGCCCGUCGCGUGGCGCAGCACGGCGGCGCCGCGCUCAUCAUCGACUAUGGCCAGGACGCGCCCUACGAGGCCUCCCUGCAGGCCAUCCGGCAGCACCAGUUUGUGGGCCUGCUGGAGGGGCCGGGGGGCGCCGACAUCAGCAACCGGGUGGACUACUCGGCGCUGAGGGCCACGGUGGAGGAGAGCGGCGCCGCCGCCGACUGCCUGGGGCCCAUCCCGCAGGCCCUGUUCCUUCUGGGACUGGGCAUCGAGGCGCGCCUGGAGCAGCUGCUGGUCGGCGCCACCCCGCAGCAGGCGGAGGCGCUGCAGACAGGGUACAGGUGUGUCCGAGGUGGUGGU